AUGGCCUCCGACCUGGACAUCUCCCCUCCCGAGGUGCUUGAGUCCAUGUACCUGGGGAACCUGCUAUGGUAUAGAGUCUUUCUGGGGGCCAUCUUCCAGCUCAUCUGCAUGCUGGCCAUAAUCAUUCCUGUUCACAAGUCCCACAAGGCAGACGCAGAACCAUCUGAGCCCCGAAGUGCAGAGGUGAUGAGGAAACCCAAGGUCAGUGCUCCUUUGCAAACAAGAGACCCAAGAAGGAGGCCAAGAAGAAGUGGUAG